AUUUGUGGUAAGCGGUUAAACUCGUAGCAUUUGUUUCGACGCUGUUUUUGUUCUGCAAGCCGGCGAAUUCACGAGCAAAACGACUUGAGACUGAUGUUUUCUGGUGUUAAUGAAAGUGCGUGUUUGCAAGUGGUUAUUUCUUUGAGUAUUCUUUAUUUCGUGUCGCUUGACAUGCGUUAGAAGAACAGUAAGCUUAGAGAUGUUUGCCUCAGCCACCAGAAACUUUGUGGAGGAGGUGGAUCCUCGAGGUUUGCUGAUCCCAGUGUCCAGCCUGAACGACACCAUUGACCUCCUCACGUUGGUGGUGAAGCAUAAGCGUUUCUGGUUCUGGCAGAAACCAAAGUAUCAGCCUACUGAUUUUAAUUUCAAUGAUAUACUAACAGGAGACACACAUAUAACGCCUGGUAAACAGCAUACCUCUUACUUGAUUCAUAAUUGUUUUAAUGAUCACAGAACACCUAAAUGUUUCAUUGUUCACACAGGUGUCACUGAGUCAGACUUCAUCACAUACAAUGGGAUAUACGGUGACAACAUUCAGGGUUAUGUAGAAAUAUCAGCAAACUCAGCCAAUGCCAAUGCCAAUUUGAACCUGGAGGGUAAAGAGUCAUCCAAACUCCAGUCCUCCUUUGGAAGUUUGAAGAAGGAGGAAGUGGAUGUGAAAAAACUGCUGUGUGACUCCAAAACCAGGGUCCUGGAUAUGUCCCAUUCCCUGAUCCAGCAGGUGAAGGAGAAGCAGAGGCGGGUGUUUGGGAUUGUGAAGGAGCGGAUUGUGACCACUCAGCCCUGUUCGGUCAUAGAGGAGGUGCAGCAGGGAGCUCAGUGUGCAGGAGGACUGAGCAUCUGUGGGCCGCAGAGCUUAAAGGUGUCGUUGAAAGAGAAUGUGAGCUUGAAUAAAGACAGUAACAUCAACAUGGAGAUUCCCAUCCAUACUACCAUCGCCUAUGCUCUCAUAGAGCUAGAAAUCAAACAGAAUGGACGUUAUGGGCUGUGUCUGAUGUCAGACAUCAAUGGGGGUUUUGAAGCCGAUGGCUCUGGAGACUCUAACCACCUUAGACAAGAGCUGGAGGAACUGAAUGAACAUUUCCAGGUCCUUUCUGAUCUUCCUGCCACCACAAGGUCAACUCUGUUCCUCCAAAUCACAAAGGUUAUGAGUGACCCAGGGGCCGUCAGUGUACUGCAGAAUGUGCUGGACAAUAUGUGCCAGGAUGAGAAACCUGCUCUGGGUGAUAUGACAGCGACAGAGGCCCAGAAACAGAACAUCCAAGCCAUUCUGGAGCUUUUGGAGCAGGCUGUUGAAGAGUCCCCACAAGUCCUUCCAGCCCUUUACCUUGUCACUUACGCCAUUGAUGAGCUUACAAAUGAUUGUCUUGCUUUCUUGGGAAUGUGCUGCAGCCUCUCAUUGUUACAGUCUCUGGAGCUACUGAUUCAGUGUGCAUCGGGGAAGGGGGAGUUGCCUCUAAACAGCGCAGGCCUAGCUGCACUGACAGAAGACAACUUUGAAAAGACUGAACAUCUGUUUGCCGCCUCCAAUGUGUCCCUGAAGAGAGACGGGGACACAGUGAAGACAGAAAUAAAACCCCAGCCAGGACAGCUCCCUCUGGUCCUGUGUAUCGCCGUCAGAGGUCUCUUCUCCUUGGCCCGCUGUGAUUAACUAAAGACCUUUAUAUCCACCGGAAGCUAACACUACACUGGACAGAGGUUAGCAAGUAGAUUAGUCAGUGUUUAUUCCCCUCUUGUUGGUGCUGUAGAACUUCCACAUUUAAUAUAAUGUUCUAAAUAUAACGGUGCCAAAACAAUUAGGCAUGUAAAGCUUUAGUUCAUCUAUGACACAUCUUCAAUUUGACAAUCAAUUACUUGAGGUCGUGGAUUGUCAAAAAAACAAGCAUUUUGAAGACAUUAUCCUGAUUGUAGCCCUGAUUUUAACAUGGAAAAAAACCAAUUAACUACUUUUAAAAUGUUUCAUUUUGACAAUAUUACUUAUGACACAAGGGAUGGUACCCUACAAGUUGUGCGUUACUAAGUUAGCCCACACUUUCAAACGAAACACUUGUGAUUCAGCAAUGUGUAUGUUAUGUACAGUAUAAUAUUCAGAUAGAAACAAAGGGUUUGAUGACAGGAACCUGGAUUUGGCAUCUUAUUUGGGGUAAUGUCACUUAGGUCAAUUCCUAGUAUUUUAUAGAAGCAUUGCCUUUCAGUGUUCUCAUCUAACCACGUUUCCUGUAUGUUGAAUUGCCAUUGUCUUGAAUAUGUUAUGCUGGGAUCAAUAUCAUGUCUCCGUCCUUGAGGCCGACCAAAUCUUGAUCUGAAACUUGUUCUCAAAAUUCUUAUAAGCUUUAGAUUUUUUAUGUAUUUUUUUUUUUAUCUGCUCCUUGAUCUCACGGCGAAUUGUAAGUGGCUACUGCCUGAGAUCGCAUGCUGUGUUUUUAUUAAAUGUGCCAACUUCUAGGACUGUCU